AAAGUAGGGCCUGUCCACGAAAGUAUGAAAGAUUUCGUGGACGGUCCGCCGCAGUAGUUUCCCCCCGCAUCGCCUCUCAAGCAUCCAUUCUUGGACGAUCCUUCAACUAGGCAGGCUCCAGCGUCACUGCUCUCACUCACCCUCUCACUCUCUCAUUCCAUCACACCCUCACUCUCUCACUCCAUCACACCCUCACUCUCUCACUCUCUCUCUCGCUCUCGUUCCCCUCCGUGCCGCUCCGUCCUUGACUCUCCGCGCCUUUACUUCCGCCAGCUGGCAUGGCGCUUUGCGUCUCUUGCCCCUCCGCGCAAAUCCUCCGCCCAUGCGCCCCGCAAGCCCAUUCUUGCGCGACCGGCGCAUCCCGCUUGCUCUCCCCUUUCCCCGCGCCACCCGUGGGCACCCUCCCCGCUUCUUCCGCCUUUUUGACGCGCGUUCCCCUGCGCGUCGGUAGGCGGACACGUGUCGACUCCAGGUCCAGCCACGUGUCCAAGCGCGCGGUAACUCUGCGCGCCACGGCGGAGGGAAGUGGCGGGAAUCCAGGAUCGGGGGAUGGCGAGACGUUCGUUGGAGUUUACGGGCCGUGGAAAAUAGAAGACUCGGACCGCACUGAGGUGUUCCUCUACCGAGCGGGCCUCGUUACAGCGUCCCUCUCCUUCCUCCUCGCCGCCUCCUCUGCCUUCCUCCCCGCGGACUCCCCCCUCCUCCCCCUCGCGCUCCCCGCGCUCGACCCGCUCUUCGCCCUCGGCGCCGCGGGUCUAGGGACGUCCUUAUUCCUGAUCCACAUCUACGUCACGCCGAUUAAGAGGGCGCUGCAGCUGCUGUGGCUGGUGGGGGUGGUGGGCGCAGUGGCGCUCGCGGCGGGGUAUGCGGGGAGGGAGGGAGUGGGGGUGGUGGAAUAUGUGGUGGGGCAUGGCGGGGGCGUGUGGGCCGUGGGGCCUCUGUUUGCUGCGCUCACUGGACUAGUGUUCAAGGAAGGGCUGUGCUACGGCAAGCUGGAGGCAUCUCUGCUAGUCUUCGUCAUCCCCACUCUGCUGCUGGGUCACCUCAGCGGCUUCAUGGACGUGACAUUUGAGAAGGGCCUGUUGGCCGUGUGGAUGGCGCUAUUUGCUGUCUUCGCUGCUCGCAAGUUCACCCAGCCAGUCAAGGACGAUAUAGGUGACAAGAGUGUGUUCAUAUUCCAGGCGUUGCCGGAGCAGCAGCAGCAAGAGCUCCUGGCUCGGCUCAACAUGCAGACCAGGGACUCCGAGUGACACAGGGUCUCCCUACUGGCUGUAGGUUAUUCCAAUAUAGAUCUCCCUGUACCCGGGGUGCCCUGUGACCUGACCUAGCUGUAGGGUUUUGGCAUGGUACAAUAAUAACAGGAUGUGGGGUAAUUUUGCUUUUGAGUAGCAGGAUAAUUUUUUUUCCUAAUGCAAAGUCUUCACUUACUGAGGGUGUGGUGCAUAUAGUUCCGGAACUGGCUUGUGUGGCCGCUUUUUCAGGAUCACCCUGAUUUUCAAAGGGUA